UAGGCUGAUCACGUCUGCCGCGAGCAGGACAAUAGAUAAUAAAGAAAAGAUGCAUAGGGCAUUGUGAAGAGAGAGAGGAGAGGGAGGUGGAGGAUAGAAUAGGUAGGAGGGGUCUAGUCCUAGGCUCAUCCUCGCGUUACUUUCACUUGAACUCCUUAUAUCGCCGUGCAGAGAUUUUCUAGACGGUGGAAGCAGUGUUUCUGUUACUCUCUAUGUAAUUGCAAACAACAUUUCGCGCAAUCUCUUAACAUUAAGUUUGAAUUUUCAUUAGAGAAUGGCAUUUUACUCGAUACUACGAUCCUGCUUCCUACGAUGCGCGCUACUCGUCGUCAUUGUUCGCACUGAAGAAGUGUUUAACACCACUCCGCGUUCCAUCAAGACCAACUUCUCCUGCUUCAACCGGCCCAUGGGCUUCUACGCUGACGUCGAGGCGAAUUGCAGAGUGUAUCAUACGUGCGAUGAUCACGGGAACAAAUUCAGUUACCGAUGCCCCGAGGAAACGGCCUUUCGCCAAGACGCUUUGAUAUGUGAUCACGCUCAUCUCGUCGACUGCCAAGCGACCGUCUAUCCAUCAACGCAGCCUCCAAACGAGAACAUCGACAAGUACGUCGACAACGCGCACGCAUCCUCCUCGAUAAGAUCCCCAGGUGGGUCCGUUGGGUCGCUAGACGAUCAUCGGCUGUCGUUCUCGCGUUCCUUCCAAGUGAUUCAAAGGUCCGACAAAUCUCUGCCUAACAAGCUCCAAUCCGGUUUCGUGUUCAGCGCGAGUUUAUUCCUGAAGGAUCAAGAUCGGGCAUGCGAUCGAGCCGGACAGAUCAGCGACGCUUCCAAGAUGUGCAAUCCAAAGAAUCGCAUGGCGGUCCCUAUCGCUCGGACGCUUCCCGACCGAUUCGACUCUUGGCGUCCACGCAACGACAAAGCAAGCCCAAAAGGCUCGCCUUUGUCGUUCGCGGAGAGCCGCGCUUUCGUGCGAGACAGCGGUCGUUCGUUUGAGCGACCGAUCGCGAAUUCCUCACCCAUGAGGCCACCAGCACCGAACAUCCACCAGCAGCCGCCCUUCCCACGCGAGAGGUCCUCCUUCGGCUACAAUAGCGACUAUCAUUCGUACUCGGAGACCCUGAGGUCGAUUCAGACUAAUGCUAAACACGAAACCAGCACGAAGCCCACCACGGAGAUCCCCGUGCACGCCUUGACGCUCUCCCUGAAACCGCUGGUGCCGAACGAGCUGGAGUACGAUCCGUACUACCCCAAGCAGCCAACGUCCACCGAGGCGUACUACACCCCCAGCAAUCGCGGCAAGGUCGACAUAGAUGCACGUCUCUUCAGCUCCAGCCAGUCGACGUCGCUGAUCGCGCGACCCAACGUUCCCUUCAAGAUCCCGUCCGUGCUGCCUGAUCUGAACACCCUGGACGACUUGGUCGACCGUCGGAAGUUCUUCUACAUCCCGCGCACAGAGAUCAAGUCGAUAUAACGAGCCAUUACUAGAUGCUUAACUAUUACAUUGAUGUGCGAGGGGAUUGUUGAGUGAUUUAUUUUACCACAUCCACAAAAUGAUUCAUUGAGCCAUUACGUUGUAUCAUAUCGAUCGCUCGUCGCUCCAGAUUGUCGAAAGGAGUGGUCUAGUAAACACCGAGCGUCGUCGAACUCGACGUCUUCAAGAAGGCUUCGACCUCCGAGACGGAUAGCGCACGGGAUGUUGCUGCACUGGAAAAAAUUGCUUUAUGCAUUGGCUUUGCACAAAAAAUUGACGAGUGUAUGUUAAACGGUUGUCGUCGCGUUUGGAGCACCUGCUCCGAUGCGUGUUCCGAUGAUUGGCAAACGGCGCAAAUAUGAUCUCCGUGAUUCGUUGGAUGAUUAGCGAACUGCGAACCAUCUCGGCCAGCGUGGCUAUUAUUCCGUGUGUGCUGCAAUAUUUAGCUCGUAAGAGUCUAAUCGCUAUCAUGAGUCCUGAAAGUAACUGUCCAUAGUACACCUUUUUAUUCCGAAUUAAAAAUACCGGAAGUCACGUGAGAUCUCUCGUUCCUCACCAGAGUACGUCAAUCUGGUCGGCAAUAGUUGCUGCAAGCCCCCCGUUUUUUCCGCCGAAUAGCGACACUGCUCUACGAGGUUCCGCAUGUAUUCGUUCUCCUCUCUGAAGAACCGAAUAUUUCUGUGCAACUCUUCGACUUGCGCCUGCAACUGUAGCUGUGUAAUAUCUUGCUUCCGCUCGAUUUUUUUAUCUUUCUUCAACUUUUGAGUUCUGAUUUUUUUCAUCAUUCGUACAUCGUCGCGCGUUUUUGUGCGCUCUUUCGCGUGUUCCUUUUUUGAGGGUAAAUGAAGACCUAGUUCUUCAAGUUUGCUAGAAGGUAUACGCAAUGCGUGCUAUUACAGUUGCAGCUGCUCCACGGGAGGCAUUUUAAGAUCUAAACGUUCACUUUUCAGUAACAAAAAAAAGAAAUUGAUAACGUUAUACGUUUUGAUGAGUUUUGUUCUCAGCGUAGUCAGUGACUCGAUAGAGGCUCGGCUUGUGGUUGGUUCAUCUCCCGCAAGCAAUCCACACGAGCAUGGACAAAACUGGAAAUAAUUGCGUAAACAAUUAAUUACAAUUUUUGCAAUUUUUUUCCUAUUAUUACCCUCAAUAUCUGCGAUAUUUUAAAACAAAUCGUAUAGAGUUUUACGUAUAAGAAGGUUCUUAAAACAGUUUUUUUUUUUAAUCUGAAUUACCAUUUCGUGAGUAAGCGUCGAUGCAUCCUGGACAGAGGAGAUUGUGAACGAUGCCAUUUUUGGAGUCUGGUGUGUCACCUUAGUCAAUAUUGACGCCUCGCCGGCUUUAUAUUCGUGUUCACUGGCUGUUUGGAAUAAUCGUCUAUAAAUAGUACAUCCGUACAGGUCUAUUGGUGAUUCGCUUUUGUGGAGCGCAAAAGCGAGAACUCGUUUAUCGGAGAGACGAAGAAUCUGUUUAAUUCGCUUUGACUCACCAGCAUGUUCCAGCACCUGAGUCGCAUUAUCACGCCUCCGCUGAUACUCACACGGACGUAUUUGGCGGGUGAUCUUGUCGGAAGGAAUUCGUACGAAUAUUAACUUCGGUUUUAGCUCUUUCUCAUUCGCAUCAGCUGGUCGGACUUUCGGAUCCUGCACAAGUUUUUUUUGCCCUCUCGCGGAUGCACCGACGUUAUGACUACCGUUUCCUUCAGGAAACAGAGGAUCGAAGACACUUUCGUGGACAACAAAGUCAUCGCUGAUCUUCUCCGUUUUAAUGGGCGAAGCAGCUUUGUACGGGAUCUUUACAGGAAGAAUACUUUCAAGGUCUUUCAAUGUAAUGUCGCGAUCGGGAUGAAUUAUUUCCCCGUCGAGCACAAAUUCCCUCGAAGGGUUCUUCAGGUGAAGCGCAACUCCGCAGAGCGCGCAGACCGAUGAAGAUGUGCUCAGCACCAUUUCCGAGCCGACGUCACAUCGCUAGUGAAAGUUAUGUAAAAUUUGUAGUUUCUUCCGAUCAUUCUUUAUCUCUUAUCAUCAGUUACAAGAUACAGAUACGUUCCAAAAUAACAAUUCCUCAAAAUCUGUGAAAAUUACUUGAUCGUUCCUCUCGCAGCGCUCUGAUUCGCGAUGCUCUAUCUGCCUCCGUUUCUCUGUCAACUGGGAAAGUCUUAGCGCGGCUUCCUUGAUCGCUUGUAAUAAAUCGCGAAGUAUCGUGACCUGUUAGCAGUUAAUUAUUUUCGUCUAAUGCAGCUUAAGUUGUAAAUAGUUGUUAAUAGUUAAGUAACGUCUCUUCUUGGGAGAUAUAAUUAUAAACAGUUUAAAUAUCUUGAAACUCUCCGAACGUGUAUGCGUGUUUCGGAAUAUUUUUCUAAAUUAUUUUUAAAAAUUAAAACGCAGAAAGAACUUCACACCUACUUGCUGAUCGUGAUACUCGUCGAAUACGGGCGAACAAUAGGACUUUUUCAGUUCCCUGCAAAAGCGAUACGCAGGGCAAACGGACACUGCGGAUAGCGAAUGCGUAACACCUAUCGAUGAGGUGCGAUUUAUUAGUAGAAUAUCUCGUCUCGCUAGAAUGACGAUGAUAACGACGUUCUGCGAUACCUUUCGCAUCGCGUGUCGUCUCCAUCGUCCCAGAUCUGGAGUGAAUUCCGCAGAAAUUUGGCCUAAUCCGAGGCAACAACGGCGCGACACCGACAGUGAUACACUCUCGAGGUAAUAACGACCGGCGACAUCAACGAUUCUCGAUAACGUCGAGCCAUUUUUAUACCAUUUCAUGUCGCCAUGUCACUCUUGCUUGCCGCUAGCUCCGAACGUCCUGACGUGAACGUAACUCGAAACUCGGCAAUUUUCAUCCCCGGCAACUUUCACGACGUACAUAAUUAUAAUACAUCUGUCUGAUCCGUCUGGUAGUUCAACUUCCUCAAAAUUUUUGUGAAAGACAGCCGAUUACGCCGAGGUACCGAUGGCUUCCGCAACAACCACAAACAUCGACAGUCCCCCGAGCGAAACCGAUAACAGCCACGCGAGUUACUGGAGGAAGAUGCUGAAGAGCUACGAGAAGAGGAACGCUUCGUUGGAGAGGAGACGCAGUGCGCUCGUCGAGAGGGUCCGCUUCAUGGAGUGUACGUUGCCAUCUCUACUGGUGGGUGCUGCUGCAUCCGCCGCCUGCGGCAGACAAGAGGCCGUUGAGGGACACCGGAGGAAGACUUCCGAGGACACGGCCAAGCUGGCCGCUCGUAAAACGUAGACGCUCUUGGUCCGUGACGCAAAUCAACCGCUUCAGGGACGAGUGAUUGAACGGCGAGUCACAGAAAACAGGUGGAUAACUUUAUUCGAGACAUUUCUCGUAGCUACACGUGACGAACAAGUUCACGCUGCGUGAAUGAUGCGAGCCGAAUCAUAUAGCGAUCAGGCGGGUUCGCACACGCUCCGCAGGCUCUUACGCGAUAUAAAUACAAUAAGCGCUCGGAUGUGCACACACUCGUUGAGAAA